CCAGCGUGGCUGGGUCUUUUCCGCCCUGACUCGUUAGCCCAGACUCCGCGCAGAUGUUAGUUCACAGUUUUUCAGCGAUGGACCGCCACGACGGCACCAGCAACGGGACGGCACGGUUGCCCCAGCUGGGCACUGUAGGUCAAUCUCCCUACACGAGUGCCCCGCCGCUGUCCCACACCCCCAAUGCCGACUUCCAGCCCCCCUACUUCCCCCCGCCCUACCAGCCCAUCUAUCCCCAGUCGCAAGAUCCUUACUCCCACGUCAACGACCCCUACAGCCUGAACCCCCUGCACGCUCAACCGCAGCCGCAACACCCGGGCUGGCCGGGCCAGAGGCAGAGCCAGGAGUCUGGGCUUCUGCACACGCACCGGGGGCUGCCCCACCAGUUGUCGGGCCUGGACCCUCGCAGGGAUUACCGACGGCACGAGGACCUUCUGCACGGCCCACACGGGCUCGGCUCAGGACUCGGAGACCUCCCUAUCCAUUCCUUACCUCACGCCAUCGAGGACGUCCCGCAUGUAGAAGACCCGGGUAUUAACAUCCCAGAUCAAACUGUAAUUAAGAAAGGCCCCGUGUCCCUGUCCAAGUCCAACAGCAACGCAGUGUCCGCUAUUCCUAUUAACAAGGACAACCUCUUCGGCGGCGUGGUGAACCCCAACGAAGUCUUCUGUUCAGUUCCGGGUCGCCUCUCGCUCCUCAGCUCCACCUCGAAGUACAAGGUCACGGUGGCGGAAGUACAGCGGCGCCUCUCCCCACCCGAGUGUCUGAACGCGUCGCUGCUGGGCGGAGUACUGCGGAGAGCGAAGUCUAAAAAUGGAGGAAGGUCUUUGAGAGAAAAACUGGACAAGAUAGGAUUAAACCUGCCAGCAGGGAGACGUAAAGCUGCUAACGUCACACUGCUCACGUCACUGGUGGAGGGAGAAGCCGUCCACCUAGCCAGGGACUUUGGAUACGUGUGUGAAACUGAAUUUCCUGCCAAAGCGGUAGCUGAAUUUCUCAACCGGCAACAUUCCGAUCCUAAUGAGCAAGUGACAAGAAAAAACAUGCUCCUGGCUACAAAACAGAUAUGCAAAGAGUUCACAGACCUGUUGGCGCAGGACCGCUCUCCCCUGGGGAACUCCAGGCCCAAUCCCAUCCUGGAGCCCGGCAUCCAGAGCUGCUUGACCCACUUCAACCUCAUCUCCCAUGGCUUCGGCAGUCCGGCCGUGUGCGCUGCCGUCACGGCCCUGCAGAACUAUCUCACGGAGGCCCUCAAGGCCAUGGACAAAAUGUACCUCAGUAACAACCCCAACAGCCACACGGACAACAGCGCCAAAAGCGGUGACAAAGAAGAGAAGCACAGGAAGUGAGGCGUGUGGCCUGCCAGCACCUCACCAGCCCUGGUACCCACCUGCCCUCCAGCCCCCACU